AUGGCCUCCCACCGCAUCGGCGCGCGCGUCGCGGGCCUCUCGCCAGCGCAGCUGUGCGCCAUCAUCGAGGCGCAGGCGGGCGCGAGCGACGCCGCGCUGCGCGUGGCGGAGGAGCACGCCGCUCGGCUCGUGGAGCAGCCCGAGUGGGUCCUCUCCGAGGUCCUCCUCUCGCCGGACCUCGCCCCGCACAUCCUCGCCCAGCUGCCGACCAAGGAGCACGCCGCCAAGGGGACGAGACGCUGA